GCCGCCUCCCCUGCGUUUCGCGUUGUUCCUCCUCACGUCCGUUUCGCCCUGUCCCGGCACGUGAAGUGGAAGCCACUCCAUCUGCGCGCCCUCAGUCACCGCCAGCUGGACCUCGCCAGUAGGCCUGUCUCGCCCACCAUGUUAAAACCCGCUCAGUUUCUAGAUACCAGGCGGCGCGAUAGUAUUGAAACCAUGGCCGAGUCCUCCCCCUCGUCUCGCCUGCCUCCGUCGCCCUGGACCACCGCCUCCUCCACGCCCGUUUCACCCGCCGUGUCUCUCUUUUCCGCCAAGGGCCACACGCGUUUCUCCAGCUCGGUUUCGUCCCUGGUUUCAUCCCCAGGACACGGUAAUUCCAUGGAGAGCUCGUCACGGAAUCCCUUGACAGGAGUGAAGGAAGAACCCUGUGGGGCCCAGCCCAGGGAUCUCGAGGAGGACUAUUUCCAACACUUUGACCAAGGGUUGUCGGUCGUGGAAGACUCGUAUUUUGCUUCUUUUGAUGCUUCUGACAGCUACGAUCUGACGGAUGCCGGUAUGGAUCUCGCCCAUUCGCCCAGGAAUCGACGCUCCGAUAGUAUUUCCGCCCGGGGCCUUUCACGCAUCGGCUCCCGCAUCUCCACCAUCUCCACCCGCUGGAAGUCCAAACGUGCCUCCGAUGGCGCAGACAGUACAGAUGUAUUCACAACGCAGCUGCGUUCCCGCACCAACUCCGCAUCAUCAGCUCUGGCUAGUCCCACGACGGGCUCCUUCACUCGCGUCAGCUCCAUUCAGGUUCCUCCAUCCCCGGCCAGAACCAUAUUUGAGGAGGCCAUUUCUGAGACCGGCACGCAACCCAUUGACAUCGUCAAAGCCAACCAGCACAGCCAGGAUGACUCGGCCCCUCAUGCGACAACCCCGCUGCUGCCGCCUUUUAUGGGCGACCAGCCCUCAUACCCGACCGCGUCCCGCGUCCAUUCGCCAUUGCAAUCGCCGUCCGUAGCCGAUAUGACGGAUGACGGCCCGAUUGUCUGCAGCGCCAUCACAGAUCUACGAUUGGCGGGCUUGCCCUCGCCACCAUUGUCCUCCAAGCCGUCCGUCGCGUCGUUCAACCGCCCGCGAGCCAGCACCGUGCGGACGGUUUCAGGUGAUGCCCCUCCCUUCACACUGUCGGAUCCAAAUGACGAGUGGGCGAAUAAGCUGGGCCAUGCCAACUUUACUAUUCAGCCCGAGCCGUAUGUGCCGGGGAUUUGCGACCUGGUGUCGUUUCGGCAGUUGCGCACCGACUGGGACCUUGCUCAGUGCAACUUCACUCGGCAUCUCGUUCGGACCGGUGAACAUUAUGGGGUUACCUCCAUGAUCUACAGGCUCACGGAGGAGAAGUGGGAGUUUAUCAACCGCGAGUGGCGACGCCAUCACGAAGCAAUGCUGUCCGAGUUGGAGGUGACGGAAGGACCGCGGUUGAGUUUGAUGAAAUCCCACUGUUAUCCCUGCGACCCGGUCAAGAUCCCACGCCUUCACGAUGACAAAUUUCCCGAGCUGGGCGAUGGGGAGAUCGUGGGUCCAAUGAAGAUCGCCCCUGCCGCGAAUGGAUCUGGACUAUGUCACAGCCGCUCGUUGAAGCGCAACUUUGUCAAGUUCUUCCAGGAUCUCGUGAUACGAUCCUGAUUCCUCCCAUGCCACCAAUCUGGGAACACCUACUUAUGACGAUAGACCAACCAUCGGAGGCUCACGAUGUACAACAUCUUAUGAUUUCUACGCCUCUCGAACGAUUGAUUC